CAGUUCGUUUUCGAACGCCGCACCGAACGCUCCAGCGCUCAAAAACACACACAAUUAGAUAAAAACAAUAAAAGCAAAUCCAAUCCACAAUUGCAACCCACACAAGUGCGUGAGUGAACCUAUUUUUUCCUGUGUACGUGUGCGUGUGCGUGUGCUUUGCCGCAACUGCCAUGAGAGUGUGCAAUAAAUAGAAACUUGGGAACUCCAAAACGUUUUUCCGAAAACAAACUGAACUGACAACCUAAAAAGGGUAUCGCCCACAAGUGUACCACCAAUAAUCGAAAGUACCGUCGGCAAACAUGCAGGCCACCAAGAUGCGUACUCCGUUUGCCAUUCAGGAGAUCCUGGGACUGGGCGCCUAUCAGCAGCAGGGCAGUGCCAGUGCCACGCCCUCGGAGGCGCCGCCCUCGCCGGCAGCCACGCCCCCGCCCACAGCGAGUACGCCCGCAAAUGGCUCCCUAUCCGCCGGACAGCAGCAACAGCAGCAGCAGCAGCAACAACAGCAACAGCUGCAGCAGCAACAACAGCAGGCGAUCGACAGCCUCCGCGAAUCCAGAUCCAUAUCGCCGGAUGUCUCCAGACUCUCGGCCGCUGCAGCAGCGGCAGCGGCGGCUGCCGCCCACUGCCAACUGCCCGUCUUCAAUCCGGCCAACUUCUAUGCCGCCGCCGGCUAUGCCGCUGCAGCGGAUCCGGGCAACGCGGCCGCCGCCCACCACCACCACAUGACCACCCUGGCGGCGGCCGCCUAUCUCCGGGGAUUCCUGCCGCCCGGAUUCAGCACGCCCCACGAGUUCCGGGGCCACUUCCAGCAGCACUUCGGCGCUCAGUUUGCAGAACAAGCAGCCGCUCGUGGUCAGGAGUACGCCAGCAGCUUGGCCAACGCCAGUGGAGAUGAGCAGUCGCCCAGCAAAAAUAGCAGUUCAUCGGGCAACGGCGGAUCCGGCGGAUCGGGAUCGGGAUCUGGUGGCGGCAAUCCGACCUCCAAUGGCCUAGGACACCUGAGCUCGCCAACGGCCAGUAAUGGUGGAUCCGGUGGAGGAGCCGGCGUCGGUGGAUUGGGCGGAGGAUCGGGCACGUCGGGCAGCAGUUCGUCGACAUCUGGAAACGGCGGGAACGGAGGCAGCUCCGGCAGUCGCUCCUCGCCCGCUGGUCCGCAUCACUCGGCCGCUCUGGCCGCCCAUCAGCAUGCAGCGGCUGCUGCGGCCGCCGCUCAUCAUCAUGCCGCUGCCGCUGCCGCCGCCCAUCAUGCACACCACGCCCACGCUCAGGCGCACGCCCAUGCUCAUGCCCAUGUCCACGCCCAUGCCGCUCACGCCGCCCAUGCCGCCCACGCCCAUGCCCAUCAUUCCGAGGCGUUUCUGGGAGCAGCGGGCGGAGCUGGUGGCAAUCCCAACAGCCUGCUGGCCGCCCACGGUGCCGACGUCCUUGUGGGUCCUGGCGGCACCGGUCCCGGCGGCAAGAAGAAGAACAAGCGGCGCCACGGACGCACGAUCUUCACCAGCAGCCAGCUGGAGGAGCUGGAGAAGGCCUUCAAGGAGGCACACUACCCGGACGUGAGUGCGCGGGAGCUGCUGUCCAUGAAAACUGGCCUUGCCGAGGAUCGCAUUCAGGUGUGGUACCAGAAUCGACGGGCCAAGUGGCGCAAGACGGAAAAGUGCUGGGGCCACAGCACCAAAAUGGCCGAGUAUGGAUUGUACGGAGCGAUGGUGAGGCACUCGCUGCCGCUGCCGGAGACGAUCAUCAAGUCGGCCAAGGAGGACGAGUCGGUGGCGCCGUGGCUGCUGGGCAUGCACAAGAAGUCGCUGGAGGCCGCCGAGCUGCUCAAGAGCGACGAGAGUGACCGGGAGACGCCCACCUCGGAUGACACGAACACCAGCUACUCGGCGGGCAGCACCCACAAUUCACCGAUCUCCAGUUUCUCGAUCUCGCGUCUCCUCUUUGACGCACCACCGCCGGCGGCGGGUUCCGCUGGUGGCAAGGGACACCACCAUCAUCAUCAUCAUCACCACAAGGGCCACCAUCAUGCCCACGUUCAUGCCCAGGCGCAGGCGCACGCCCACAUGCUGCUGCACCAUCAGCAGCAACAGCAGCAGCAGCAGCAACACCACCACCACCACCACUUGCACGCGGCAGAGAGCUCCUUGCAGCAGCAGCAGCAGCAAGUUGCAGGCUCGGGCUCAGGCUCGGGUUCAGGAUCCGGUUCGGGAUCGGGAGCGGGUGCGGGUUCGGGAUCGGCUGGACCACCGGCACACCACCCGUACAACCAGCAGCAGCACCUGCACCACCUGCAGCAACUGCAGCAGCAGCAACAACAGCAGGCGGCGCAGCAGCAGCACCACCACCACCAGCACCACAAUGCGGUGCACCACAUGCACCAUCACAAUGCCGCCGCCGGUUACGCCGAGGCAGCGGUGGCUGCUGCAGCGGCCGCAGCAGCUGUUGCUGCAGCAGCAAACGCGCGGAAUGCAGCGGCCGCCGCCGCAGUGGCAGUGGCAUCCGCGUCCGCCUCCGCAGCCGUGACCAUUGCGGAAUCGGAGGCGGAGGAGGAGCAGGACGACAUCGAGGACAUGGAGCUGGACAAGGACUGUGAGGUGGAGGAGGAUGUGGAGCCCGUGGACAACGAUACCAACACCAACAACGAGCACGACAACGACAACGAUGUGGACGCGGAUGUGGACGCGGACGUGGACGCGGAUGCGGAUGCGGAUGCGGAUGGGGACGCCGAUCCCGAGAUAGACAUCUGCGAUGACCACGACGAGGAGAUGCGUCUGCAGGAGCAGCUGCUGCUGAAAGUGAAGCAGGAGCAGGCGCACCUGGGACCCAGAUGAAACAUGUACAUCGAUGUGUUGUUCUAAGGACAACGAUAAACCCACAGGAUUCGAAACACACAUCCGGCUAAAUGCAAUGAACAAUUUAAAAGCGCAAAACGGGCGCAAUUCGAAUGCCCGCGAUAAACAAAAAAAUCGUAUAAAUUAAUAGCAUUACGUUUAUGGCAGAAAAAUAAGCAAAACGAAAAAAAAAUACGAAAAUGAAAAUGAAACACAAAAACCUAAUCUUAAAACCAAGAAAACAUUUUUUUUCAUACACCUAAGAAGCACUCGUAAUUAAUCUAUAUACAAUAACAAAUAUUCUCUCAUUUUUUUUAGUGUAAAUAUUAAAUUAUUAACAAUACACGCAUGAAUGAUAAAAAACAAAAGAAGAAACAGAAAAACACAAGACAUUACCGCGUAAAAAAAGAGCUGCAACGAUUUGCGAAAUUUUUAAAAUAUGCUAAAUGUGAUUUAAUUUAGUUGUCCAUUCGAAACAAGGCUUUUUAUACUUUAAGACCCUUUUUUUUGCGAAUUAAAAUUAGUGACAUUUUUUUUUUUUUGCAUCCUAUGUCUUACGUCCUGUAAAAAUGUACAUACCACAAUCCAAAUUCAAUCAAUUCAAUAUAAAACUCACGAUCGAAAAA